GGCAUUGAAUGUCACCCUGAAGGUAAAAUGAAAGACAAAAGAUGAACGCAUGCUUGCUUCUGCUCUUGCAGCGGCUGCGGCGGCGGCAGGAGCAGCAGCAGCAGGAUUUAAAGGGGGAAAAAAAAUCACUCGCACAUAUACACACAUAUACACACCCAGAGGCGUCAAUUAUGCAAACGCAGUAAUGCCAUCAAAUCAUGACAGUGCCGGGAAUUUGUUUUUCUUUAAAGAAAAAUAGGGAGAAAGAGAGCGAGGGAGAGGAGAGACCGAGAGACUUAUUUUUUUAAAAGAGGGAGAAACGCAUGCAAACAGAGAGGCGCACAUACCACGCAACCACCCGAGGAGAACCUGGCAGCCUGUCUCCUCUUCUGCCAAGUUAUCAUUGAGAAAACAGACGAGACAUCAUGACGUCCUGGGUCACCGGGAGUACGGACCGACGCUACCAAGAGCGAAGGGAGGAGCCGCUGCGCUCCGGCUAGCCGCGGGCGCCCCUCGGGCCCUGGCCGCCCGGCUCGAGCUGACAGUUUACUGGAUCAUCAAUGAAGCAAUACUCUAUGAUGAAGAUGUAAGGAAUACAUCCCACGCUAACAUCAUUGCAGUUUGGAAGGCUUCUCUGCAGAAUGUCAAACAAAGAUCGACACAUUGAUUCUAGCUGUUCGUCCUUCAUCAAGACGGAACCCUCCAGCCCAGCCUCCCUGACGGACAGCGUCAACCACCAUAGUCCGGGUGGCUCUUCUGACGCCAGUGGGAGCUACAGUUCAACCAUGAAUGGCCAUCAGAAUGGACUGGAUUCACCUCCUCUCUACCCUUCUGCUCCUAUCCUGGGAGGUAGUGGGCCUGUCCGGAAACUGUAUGAUGACUGCUCCAGCACCAUUGUUGAGGACCCCCAGACCAAGUGUGAAUACAUGCUCAACUCAAUGCCCAAGAGACUGUGCUUAGUGUGUGGUGACAUCGCCUCUGGGUACCACUAUGGGGUGGCAUCAUGUGAAGCCUGUAAGGCUUUCUUCAAGAGGACAAUUCAAGGUAACAUAGAGUACAGCUGCCCUGCCACGAAUGAAUGUGAGAUCACGAAGCGCAGACGUAAAUCCUGCCAGGCUUGCCGCUUCAUGAAGUGUCUCAAAGUGGGCAUGCUCAAGGAAGGGGUGCGCCUUGACAGAGUACGCGGAGGCCGGCAGAAGUACAAGCGCAGAAUAGAUGCAGAGAACAGUCCAUACCUGAACCCUCAGCUGGUUCAGCCAGCCAAAAAGCCAUAUAACAAGAUUGUCUCACAUUUGUUGGUGGCUGAACCGGAGAAGAUCUAUGCCAUGCCUGAUCCCACAGUCCCUGACAGUGACAUCAAGGCCCUCACCACACUCUGUGACCUGGCCGACCGAGAGCUGGUCGUCAUCAUUGGAUGGGCAAAGCAUAUUCCAGGCUUCUCCACACUGUCCCUGGCGGAUCAGAUGAGCCUUCUGCAGAGUGCUUGGAUGGAAAUUUUGAUCCUUGGUGUCGUAUACCGAUCUCUCUCAUUUGAGGAUGAACUUGUGUAUGCAGACGAUUAUAUAAUGGACGAAGAUCAGUCCAAGUUAGCAGGCCUUCUUGACCUCAAUAAUGCUAUUCUGCAGCUGGUAAAGAAAUACAAGAGCAUGAAGCUGGAGAAGGAAGAAUUCGUUACCCUCAAAGCGAUAGCUCUUGCUAAUUCAGAUUCCAUGCACAUAGAGGACGUGGAGGCCGUUCAGAAACUUCAGGAUGUCUUGCACGAGGCCCUGCAGGAUUACGAGGCUGGCCAGCACAUGGAGGACCCCCGCCGAGCGGGGAAGAUGCUGAUGACGCUGCCGCUGCUGAGGCAGACCUCCACCAAGGCCGUGCAGCACUUCUACAGCAUCAAGCUUGAAGGCAAGGUCCCCAUGCACAAACUGUUUUUGGAAAUGCUGGAGGCCAAGGUCUGACUAACAGCUUCCCGGGUCUUCCCACCCUGCACGUUGAAAAAGGGAAAAUCAACCCCAGCGUGAUGUCGAUGAAUCUUAGAAUUUAGUUAACAUCAAAAAAAAAAAAAAAAAAAUCACCAAGACUGCACUGAUCUUAGCAGAAAGACUAUGAAAUGGCUUACAGACUCCUCCCCAGCUUCCUGUCCUGAUGAGUUCCCUCUUUUUGAUUUUACCUUCUUUUCUCCUUUUGCUUUCUUUCCCUACAUUCCUUCCUAUCCUCCCCUUCCCACUCUCAUUUCUUGUCUUUUUUUUUUUUUUUUUUUUUU